ACCACUAUACCAGACGAACCCGAGCGAUAUUGGUUUCAAGUAAGUACAUAUUUUUUGUUCCGACCGUAUAGAACAUGUUUGUUUCAUACGAUUUUGUUGUGAUAAUUUGCUUAUGCAAUGUCGUGGCACAAGAAAACGACAACAUACCACUUUCCAUCGUGGGAUUCUUCGACAAAGAAAACAGCAUUGAACAACAGACGUUCGAAUUGUCUAUCCAAAAAGUGAACAUUGAUCCAAAAUUUGCGAACGUCUAUUUAAAAGCCGAAAUUAAAAUAAUCGAUUCUACGGAUACUUAUAUGACUGGCCUGAAAGUAUGUGAAACUAUGGAAUCUGGAAUCGGUGCGGUUUUUGGACCGUCCCAUCUCGAAUCAUCAAACAUAGUGCAAUCACUUUGCGAAACUAUGGAAGUUCCACGAAUAGAUACCAGUUGGGAAAACACACCUGUUGAAAAUUUCAAUUUUUAUUUCAAUCCUCACCCUGAACCAACAUUGCUAGCAAAAGGUUAUACGGCUAUAGUUCAUGAUAUGGACUGGAAGUCAUUUACAUUACUCUAUCAGCGACCAGAAUGUCUCCAGAGAUUACAAGAUUUGAUCCAAGAUUACUCGGGAAGAACAAAACCUAAUGACAAACAGGCAGCAGCUAUCUCUAUUAUACAAUUGCCUGAAGGCAAUAAUUUUAGACCGAUUUUAAAAGACAUUAAAAAGUCUUUAGAAGGUCACAUCGUACUUGACUGUGAUGCAGAUUUAAUAUUAACUGUAUUCAAACAAGCAAAAGAAGUUAACUUGUUGGACGACUAUCAUAGUUUUAUCAUUACCUCGUUGGAUGCACAUACGGUAGAUUUUAGUAGUAUUGUGCAGAACUUGCGUACAAAUAUAACAACUGUCCGGUUGAUUGAUCCAUUAAGCCCAUUUGUAGAAAAUAUCGUGAGGGAUUUGAAUUUUGUGCAACAAAGAAUGAACUUAAAUAUGGAACCUUUGAAAGCGGACAAGCUUACAGUUAAUGCCAUACUCAUAUAUGACGCAGUAAAUGUAUAUGCUAAAGCAUUAAAAGGCCUAGGUAUGACAAAUAAAAUCAUCACUGAACCACUACAAUGUACAGACUCGCCAUUUAUUCCCUGGUCCAAUGGAUUUAAACUUAUAAAUUUCAUGAGAGUAAUUGAAACAGAAGGCCUGACUGGUCUGUUACGUUUUGACAACAAAACUGGUCAUCGAUCAUACUUCACACUAGAAAUGGUGGAAUUGGUGGAUACUGGUUUCAAAAAAAUUGGCUUGUGGGAUCCAGAGAGAGGCAUGACUUAUACAAGAACCAGCCUUGAAAUGCUUCGUGAUUUAUACGCCGGUAGUAAGAACAAAACAUUCAUUGUUUCAACAAAAAUUGUAAGUAAAAAUGAUUGUUUGACGUAUUCACAGAGAGCUGACUUGGGGGUCUGUGAUUUAACAAUUACUCACGAAAGAAGGUCUGCUGUGGAUUUUACCAUGCCUUUUAUGAACUUGGGUAUCAGUAUAUUGUUCAGUAAACCAGAAGAGCCGCAAACCAAUCUUUUUUCAUUCACCCAGCCACUUUCCUUUCAAGUAUGGAUAUUUACCGCAACCGCUUAUUUGGGCCUGUCUCUGGUAUUAUUUUUCUUGGCCAGAAUUACACCUAACGAAUGGCAGAACCCUCACCCCUGCAAUCCUCAUCCAGUAGAAUUAGAAAACUCCCUAUCAUUGCUUAACUGCUUAUGGUUUUCAAUGGGUUCCAUUCUCUGUCAAGGUAGCGAUAUUCUGCCUAGAGCCUUUCCAACCAGACUAUGUGCUGCUAUGUGGUGGUUCUUUGCUCUUAUUAUGACUCAAUCUUACACUGCCAACUGGACAGCAUUUUUAACAUCUAAUCGGAUGGAAACCACUAUAAAGAAUGUAGAUGAUCUAGACAAAAAGGGAGGCACCGAUGGCAUCAAGUAUGGAUGUGUAACUGAUCAAUCUACAGCCAGUUUCUUUCAAAACUCUGAUGUAAAUUUAUACCAAAAGAUGUGGAGUGUUAUGGAACUAAACGGCGAUUCUGUGAUGGUAUCUGAUAACAAACAGGGGGUGGAUCGUGUGAAGAAGGAGAGAAAUCAUUAUGCUUUCUUUAUGGAAUCCAGUUCUAUCGAGUACGAAGUGCAGAGAAAUUGUGAUCUUACUGAAGUGGGUUAUUGGCUAGAUAACAAGGCCUAUGGUAUUGCAAUGCCAUUCAACGCACCUCAUAGAACACUUGUAAACAUGGCUGUGUUAAAGCUUUCAGAGUCAGGAGCGUUGAUGAACCUAAAAAAUAGAUGGUGGUCAGUAUCUGACGAUAAAAGGUGUAAGGAUUUAAAAAAAGACUCAGCUGAACUUGAUGUCAAUGAAGUUGGUGGUAUGUUUGUAAUUUUAAUACUUGGCUGUCUCAUAGCAUUUUUAUUCUCCAUACUCGAAUUUUUAUGGAAUAUAAGAAAAGUGGCAGUUGAAGAAAAGUUAACACUAUGGGAAGCAUUCAUGGUGGAGUUGAAAUUCGUGCUCAAGUGUCACGGAACAUCCAAACCAGUGAGACAUGUAGAAGACAGUUCAUCGGAUGUAACUACUAAAUAAUGACUUUAAUAUAUUAUAUAAUAUAAUAUUAUUGUAUUAUUGUAUUAUUAAUUUAUAUAUUUAUAUUAUUAUACCUAGAUAUUCUCUUU